AGCUUCCGCUAGUGAAACUGUUGUUGUCAAAAUGGCCGAACACAGUAACGAGCACAACUUCUCUCUCUGUUUCUGCGAUUUAAUGAGAUUGUUAUGGUCCCUGGUUGUGCCCUGCGCCUACCUCAGCCUGCUCCUGGCUCUGGGUCUGCUGCUGCUCCUACUGGGGGUCCGCAUGUGGCUGCCGGGCUGCCGAAAGGGGGCCCGCCGGGCUCAGGGCGGCGGGCCAGCGGUGGCUUUCUUCCAUCCAUACUGCAACGCCGGAGGAGGCGGGGAGCGGGUCCUGUGGUGCUCCCUGAGGGCCCUCAUGCAUCGAUACCCUGGCAUGUCCUUCGUGGUUUACACAGGCGAUCAUGGAGUGACUGGAGAGCAUAUUCUGGAGGGAGCCCAGCAGCGUUUCAACAUCACACUGCCUCGACCCGUCACCUUCAUCUUCCUGCAUCACCGCGUGCUGGUGGAGGCCAAGUCGUACCCUCACUUCACCUUGCUGGGCCAGAGCACAGGCUCCAUGUUUCUUGGUUGGGAGGCUCUUACGGCCUUUGUUCCUGACCUGUACGUGGACUCCAUGGGCUACGCCUUCACCCUGCCAAUCUUCCGCUACCUGGGAGGCUGUAAAGUGGCGAGCUAUGUUCACUAUCCCACCGUCAGUACCGACAUGCUGUCUGUGGUCAGAGAGGGGACCCCCAGGUUCAACAAUGCCAACUUCAUCUCCAGGAACCCAGUGCUGAGUGCAGUGAAGGUGGUGUACUACUGCUGCUUCGCGCUGCUCUAUGGCCUGGCCGGCUCCUGCAGUGAUGUCAUCAUGGUGAACUCCACCUGGACGCUGGGACACAUCCUGGCUCUGUGGCGCUCCCCGAGCCGCACCAGCAUUGUCUACCCGCCCUGCAAUGUCGGGGCCUUCCUGGACAUCCCGCUGGAGGAGGACGAUGGAAAUGAGAUGGAGGACGGCUGGGAGGAGCUUGGGCAGGAGUUGGGGAGAGGAGAGGAUGAGAAAGGAGGAGGCAGAGAGGACAGCAAGUGCCACUCCAUCGUGUCAGUGGGUCAGUUCAGACCCGAGAAAGACCAUGGACUGCAGAUUCGGGCAUUCCGCAAACUCUUGGACAGGAAAGGGGAGGGGCCUGCGGGGCGGGAGUCCUGUCGGUUGGUGCUGAUUGGUGGAUGCAGGAACCAGGAGGAUGAGGAGAGGGUGUUGAUGCUGCGGGGGCUUUGUCAGGAGAUGGGGUUGUCAGACAAGGUUGACUUCAAACUCAACAUCCCCUUUGAGGAGCUGAGGAGAGAGCUGGUGGACGCCACCAUCGGUCUGCACACCAUGUGGAAUGAACACUUUGGCAUAGGAGUGGUGGAGUGCAUGGCUGCAGGCACCAUCAUUCUCGCCCACAAGUCCGGGGGUCCGAAGCUGGACAUCGUGGUGCCGUAUGAGGGUGGACAGACAGGCUUCCUGGCUGACAGUGAGGACAGCUAUGCCGCUGCCAUGGAAACCAUCCUGGCACUGUCACCAUCGGCUAGACUGGAGAUCAGGCAAAAUGCUCGGCGCUCUGUGGAGCGAUUCUCCGACCAGGAGUUUGGGGUUUCUUUCCUUGCUGCCAUGGAGUCUCUGAUGACAAAACUGGAGUGAUGAGGAAGAACAGGCCUGGUGUCCAGCAGGGACCAGGACUUUAUUAGUCAUGUGUUUUUUAAUUAGUGCUAUGCAGAGGGUCAUAUCUGUGAUUAAUAUAAGCUAAGUUUUCAGUGCUAGUUAAGUGUGACAUGGCGCCUCACUCCCAAUUAAAAACAAUACUGAAACAAGCUGGCGUAGUCAAGACAGGUCCCUGGUGGAGACCCAGAGCUAGAACAGCCCUGAACCUCUGCCUUAGCAGAGGGCAUUUUCAGUGACUCUGCAUGUGUCCAGCUCACAUCAGGUGUUAUAUUAGUUUUUACACUGGAAGCACGACGAUCAAACAGAUGCAGACACAGAGGAUCAGCCAAGAUGAGGUUUUGUACAACAUGGAGACCUGUUAACAGAUCGUUAAUGCCACAGUGGAGUUUUAUAUUCAGCUUAGAAAGGCAGACCAUGCACUUUAAGUAGUUGAACAUAAAAGUCAUGUGGGAUUUAUCAUUAAGUCCGUUCAGCCGGUCUAAUCUGCUGAGGUGACGCUGUCUGGGUACCAGCUCAUCAGACAGCUGGAGGGUGAUUUUGGGAAAUCUUAGAUAAGAAUAAUAUGAUCACUUUCAAAACUCUGGUCCAAGUUCUGUUGUGUCUGGCUGACAGUAGAAGUAAGUGCCAGCCUUCAUAAAGAGAGCAAAGGUUUCCAGAACUGUCUGAUUUACAUUUUGCAUCUCCUCAGUGAGCAAGAAAAAAAAAGACAAAUGCAUCCAGGAACCACCUGGGUUUUGUUGAGAGGUGAGUACUGGACUCCAUGCAGCCUGGCCCAUCAGUAGCUGUACAAGAAACAUCUCCAGUUACUGGGCUCGUUGCUUGUGGUACUUCUGUUUCUGAGUGUGUUAAAAGCAGCUAGGACAUGGACACACUGCACAUGAACGAUACUGUUGCAUGCAGCUCUUUGAUCACAAGUUGAACAUAUCGCCUUAAACGGUGAUGAUCUGUCAGUGCUGUGUUCACUACCUGUAAAUCAGACAGCUGCUGUCAAAGUUCUUUGUUCUUUACAGAGUUAGGCUAGCGGGUUUUCCCCCAGCCUUCAGCCACCGUGCUAAGCUAAACACACGCUGAAUAUUUACCAAAAUGUGCUCCCUCAAAGCAUUUAUUACACUGCGAAGAGAAUUUUCUUUUAGAGCUACAUUCCCUGCUAGGGAACAGCUUCUCAUUUGAAGCCACUUUGAGUCAGUUAAAAUAUGAAAUACUUGAAGCUUAAUAUAAGAUAAAUUGUUGCUCUGUUGGUCUAUAUUAAAUUGAAUAUUUUGGGGUUUUAGCCUGCUGGUCAGACAACAUGAGACGCUUUAUGAUCAGUGUUUCUUUUCUCUGAUGUUUUAUAAACUAAACAAUUAAUUUAGAUAAGUGGAUUAAUUGCUAAUGAACACAAUCAUUAGUUGCAGUCCUCGAGUGGAAGUGACAUAUGGAGUUCAUACUGAUGUGACUUUCUAGUUUUGGUUUCCUGUUUGAAAUGUUUUCCUGUGUCAAAGAAGUUCACUGAAGACUUGUCACUUGAUGAUUUCUGUCUACUUUGAAGAAGCAUGUGUUGGCAAUGGCCAAAUCUUUCCUAUUUAAAUGUUGUUUCACUUCCUUCGUUCUUGUUUGUGACGAGGUACAGGCAUGGAGAUCAAAUAGCAAUUAUUAAGAGAAUCUUUAUUUUGAAAGAGGCUUAUUUACUAUGUAGAGAGAUGCUGGGAGUUUGUUUCACUGAGAAAAUGAAAUUCACCUUAAACAAUACUGCAGUAAAUACACCCAUCAUGUUACAUGC